CUCCUCCGUUGCAUGAGAAAGCUCCGAUCGGAAGCAGAGAGGAAGCAGAGAAGCCGGUGAAGCUCGAAGGCUCGUCGAGGCUCAAAGAUGUCGCCGCCGGAGAAGCAGCGGAAGUUCCCGCCGAUCGGCGAGUGCCGCCGGGGCGCCGCCGGCUACGACUCCAUCGCCGCCGACCUCGACGGCACCCUCCUCGCGUCGUCCAGCGCCUUCCCGUACUACAUGCUGGUGGCGAUCGAGGCCGGGAGCCUCCUCCGGGGCCUCGCCCUCCUCCUCUCCCUCCCGCUCGUCAUCCUCACCUACUUCUUCGUCUCCGAGGCCGUCGGCAUCCAGAUCCUCAUCUUCAUCUCCUUCUCCGGCCUCAAGGUCCGCGACAUCGAGCUCGCUUCCCGCGCCGUGCUGCCGAGGUUUUAUGCAUCCGAUGUGCGGGCGGACAGCUUCGAAGUGUUCGACAAGUGCAAGAGGAAGGUGGUGGUGACUGCCAAUCCGACCGUCAUGGUCGAGACGUUCGUGAGGGAUUAUCUGGGGGGAGAGAAGGUCUUAGGUACUGAGAUCGAGGUGGACCCGAGGACGAAGAAGGCUACCGGAUUCGUGAAGAAGCCUGGAGUGUUGGUGGGGGAUCUGAAGAGGCUGGCCAUUCUCAAGGAGUUUGGAGAUGUGGCGCCGGACGUUGGGCUCGGGGACCGCGAGACCGACCACGAUUUCAUGUCGCUCUGCAAGGAAGGUUACAUGGUGCACCGCAGCAAAUCAGCAGCCCUCGUCCCGCCUGAACGCCUGAAGAGCCGGAUCAUCUUCCACGACGGCCGCCUUGUCCAGCGCCCGGAUCCACUCAACGCCAUCUUCACCUACCUCUGGCUACCCUUGGGGUUCAUCCUCUCCAUCAUCCGCGUCUACUUCAACCUCCCGCUCCCCGAGCGCAUCGUCCGCUACACCUACGGGAUGCUCGGCAUCAAGCUCGUGAUCCGCGGCAAACUCCCUCCCCCGCCUUCCCGCGGGACCCCCGGAAACCUCUACGUCUGCAACCACCGCACUGCCCUCGAUCCCAUCAUCAUCUCCAUCGCGCUCGGGCGCAAAGUCUCGUGCGUCACCUACAGCGUCAGCAAGCUCUCCCGCUUCCUGUCCCCGAUCCCCGCCGUCGCCCUGACCCGCGACCGCGCUGCCGACGCGGCCAUGCUCUCCAAACUCCUCCAGAAUGGCGACCUCGUGGUCUGCCCCGAGGGCACCACGUGCCGCGAGCCCUUCCUGCUCCGGUUCAGCGCGCUGUUCGCGGAGAUGAGCGACAGGAUCGUCCCCGUCGCGGUCAACUGCAAGCAGAACAUGUUUAACGGAACCACCGUGCGUGGGGUGAAGUUCUGGGACCCGUACUUCUUCUUCAUGAACCCAAGGCCGAUGUACGAAGCCACGUUCCUCGACCGGUUGCCGGAGGAGAUGACAUGUAAGGCGGGCGGGAAGUCGGCGAUCGAGGUGGCGAAUUAUGUGCAGAAGGUGUUGGGCGAUGUGCUGGGGUUCGAGUGCACCAAUUUGACGAGGAAGGACAAGUACAUGCUGUUGGGCGGGAACGAUGGGAAGGUCGAGUCCAUGUACAAUGCCAAGAAAGGGUGAUUCUGUCACUCUGAGAAUUUCACAUGGUCACCGAUCGUGGGGUAGAAUUAUAUUCAGAGGUGUGAUUUCUGUGAAAAAAAAAAAAAUGCAUGCGUCAGAUCAAUUUAUGGACCUUCGAGGAGACUGAGUUAUUGUGGGGUUGAUUCAGUCUCGAUUGUAUUAGGGUCGGUAUUUUGAUUGAUUAUUGAUCAACGACGGUAGCUUUUAAGUUGGGUUAUUUUCCGCAGUAACAAUGAUUCGGUUUGUUAUUUCCCAUUUGUACUCUAAUCUUAAAAGUAGGGGAUACAAAAUAAUUUCUGGAAAAACAAAGUUGGGGUUUUUUA